AAAUCAUUGCGUAAUACGAUAUCUUUACAUUAUAAAAUCACGUAGAAAUUAAAAAAAUAAGUAAAUCAAUUCUUUGUUUCAAGAAAAAGGGUAGUUUGACAUACGCACACAGUUUUUGAGGUUAGAAAUAUGGGGACAGAAAGGGUUUUGUGGUCCACAAUGGGUGUCCUACUGUUUACGUCAAGUCUAAUUAUAGCUUGUGAUGAAAAAGGAUUAUGUUUGUUGGAGGCUUUAAAGGAGAUGAAGGAAUGCAAGAAAGGAGUUCUCUCUUCGUUGCUGAAACCACUGCUCAUCAAGAAAGAAGAGAAAGAGCUAGCAUGCGGCAAGCUGCUCCCGCCCUUGCUGCCCCCGCCGCCACUGCCAGGAUCCACCCUAGUUUUAAUGCCAGCCGGGCCACCAGCCCCACCACCACCAUUACCCGCACCAUUGUUACCCCCACCGCCUCUGUUCCUACCUGCGCUUGCGCCGUAUUCGUUACCACCCGCCCCUUGCGCCCCGCCACUCCCACCACCAUUGUUGCUCCCAGCCCCCCAACCCCUAUACCUGCCCCCACCAGCCUUACCGCCACCAGCUUGUCUCCCACCGCCGCCGUCACCAUUACACCUACCACCACCACCGCCAGCGUUGCCACCUUUAGUACUACCAGCGCCAGCACCAGCGCCGUGUCCACUAGCUCCUCCGCCUGCUCCAUUGUUCCUACCAGCCCCACCACCAGUAUUUCUACCAGCUCCAGCGCCUGCCCCAGUAUGCUUGCCUCCACCUUUAGCCCUCCCUGCACCGGCACCACCAGCAUAUCUCCCCCCAAUUCCACCACCAGCUCCUAUAGUCAUAUCACUCGUACCUCCACCCCCUCCGCCACCAGUGUACGAACCAUGCUAUGGUCCGCCCCCUCCACCUCCUGGUAUACCCAUGACAGCGUACAUGGUUCCCCCACCUGUACCCUGUGCUUUGGAGCCGAAGCCACUGUUACCCCCGCUUCCCCCUCCCCCUCCAAAGGCAAAGUGUGGUUGCAGUGCCCCUCACGCGUACCCAUAUUAUUAAGUAGUAUGUAAUGGAAAAUAAUUUAGAUUAUGUUAUUUAUUAUUCUACUAAUUUAAUUGAGUAAAUAAAUAUUACGCAUGUUAAUUUUGUUUUUCUGUAAUUUUUCUUCGAAAUUAGUUAUAACGAUGUUGACACUAAUUUUCGGCAAUAUUUCAAUAUUCGCGCGUCCUUUAAUUUGGUACAUUUCCAAAAACUAUGAAAAUGUGUUUGUAAUAAAUGUGGAAAUCGAAUUACGA